GCUCGAUCACUUUCAUUCAUUUUUAACCACAACCGUAACCAUGAAUCUGAAAAUUUUGCGCGUGGUUUUGCCAGUAAUGUUUGUGUACGCCCAAGGAUAUCUAAGUGAGCAAAAGAUCGACUACUUUGUGCGAUUAAUCUCAAAAGCGAAUGAAAACGCAAUGACAUACCAAUUACCCAAAAAUGCGUACGAAUACUAUACGAAAGAUAGACAGCAAAAGUUCGGAACUUUCGAUUUUGUGGUAAUUGGGGCCGGAGCUGGAGGAACAGUUGUGGCGAAUCGCUUGAGUGAAGUGGCUAAUUGGAAUAUCCUUGUGCUUGAAGCUGGAGGAUAUGGAAACGAUUUUUCCGACAUUCCCAACAUGUAUUUUCCGAUACAAUUCAGUCAUUUUAACUGGGGCUAUAACAGUACUCCGCAGACAACGGCGUGCUUAGGUUUGGAAAACCACGUAUGCCUCUAUCCCCGAGGCAAAGGCAUCGGUGGCUCAACCCUAAUCAACGGCUUAGUAUACUCCAGAGGUCACAAAACCGACUUCGACAAAUGGGGCGAAGUAGUCGGAAGCAAACGCUGGUCGUAUAAUAAAGUACUCAAGUACUUUAAAAAAUCAGAAGAUUUUGUUUAUAGAGAUUACGAAGUACCUUACGAACCCCAAUACCACGGAACUGGUGGUUACUUACGCGUCGAAAACUACAUCUACAGAAGCCCCCAACUGAACGCCUUCCUCGCCGCAAACCAAGAGCUCGGCCUGGGAGUUGUUGACUACAACGCCAAUAAAUUAGGCGCUUCGGCUUCGCAACUCAACACACACAACGGACGGCGUUUCGACGGCGGAAAAGCCUUCAUACACCCUGUCUUAAAUCGCCCAAACCUCAAAGUCCUAACCGGAAGUUACGUCACCAGAAUUGUGAUUAACAAAGAGACCAAAAGUGCAACCGGAGUCGAGUUUACACACGACGGGAAAUAUUAUUACGUUGAAGCGAAAAAAGAGGUGAUUUUGUGUGCCGGAGCGUUUGGAUCGCCACAAAUCCUCAUGUUAUCGGGCGUUGGGCCGAAGAAACACCUCCAAGACGUGGGAAUUGAAGUGAUAAAGGACUUAGAAGUUGGAAGCACACUUCGUGACAACCCCACAUUUUUCGGCCUAAAUUUUGGGACAAACUACACCGAACCUGUCAGGCCUUUGAAGGACUAUGUCCUACAAUACCUGGAAGGUGUUGGUCCUUUAACAAUCCCUGGAAGCAACCAAGGAGUGGGUUUUUACGAAUCAAGCUACACCAAAGGCACUGGAAUUCCCGAAAUAGAACUCAUGUUCAUUCCUGCUAACGCUACCAGCAACCUAUCACAGAGAAGCUUCGGCUUAACUGACGAGACGUACGAAGACGUCUGGAAGUAUGCAAACAUCCCCCAAACUUUCCUUUUUUACGUGGUCGAUUUACACUCACAAUCUGUUGGAACAGUUCGGCUCAAGAGCAAAAAUCCCUUCGAGUACCCUUUGAUCGACUCGCGAUUUUUAUCAGAUCCUGAAGACCGUGACAUUAACACUUUGUACGAGGGCGUGCAACUGGCCCUUAAACUAACACAAACGCGGCCCUUCAAGGCCAUUAACGCAACCCUGCAAGGAGGGCCGUUAAGGGCCUGCAAGCACUUUCCCUACUUGUCCAAGCCCUACUGGUACUGCGCUUUGCGCCAACUGACCAUAAACCUGUACCAUCCUCUGGGCACAUGUCCCAUGGGCAAAGACCCGAAAAAGGGGGCUGUGGUUGACGCAAAAUUGCGCGUUUUUGGAAUAAAAAAUUUACGAGUGGCUGAUGCAAGUGUGUUUCCCUUUGCGCUGGCAGGGCAUCCGAAUGCGCCCACUGUGAUGGUUGGGGAGCAGUUGGGUGAUUUGGUUAAGUGUGAUCAUAAAAAUGACAUAAUAGCGUUUGGUUUUUAUUAGUUGUAUUGGCAAAGAGUGACUAAUUGUAUUGACAAUAUCGGUGUCUUUUAAUUUUUGAUUAAAGUGUUAAUGUCAUAUACACAUAUUAGGUAAUGCAUGUAGAUUAAGAGUUUCUAAACUGAGACAAGGACAAGUUAACCGCAAUUGAUUUUUUUAAACUUUGCAAGGUAAGUGUAGCAAGGAAUAAACACAUUCCAGCAAACGGAGGGAAAGUUAUAUAUCUGAACAUGUUCUUUUAACAAUAGAAUAGUAGGAUUGUCCAAUUCCGAUAAUCGUGAGAUCUGAUUAUUCUAUUAUUAUAUUUAAUAGCGCAGUGCCUUUCGCUAAUUACAUUAUGAUUUCGAAGUUUGUAGUAUUUUUCGUAAGAUCUUAGACCAAAUAAUUUGUUAAAUUAACUAUUUCAGCCAUAAGUUAAUUAGAUUGUAAUAAAACUGAUUGCUUCUCCGCCCAAAAAAUUACCCAAAAAUACAGUUCAAAGAUUUUACA